AUGGCCGACACUGUCUCCGAGCUUUCUGCUGCUCAGAAGCUGAUGCAGAAGCACACCGAAGCUCCUCACCACGUCACCGUUGAGGAUGCCCCGGAUGAGGACCUUCCCAUCCACGCCCCCGCCGAGGCCUCGAGCUCUGCCGAUGUCGCAAUUCCCAAGCCGACCAAGCCCGCCGCCGCUACUCUGGAUACUCAAUCGCAUGAACUGUUCCCUGAGCUCGGUGCUCCCAAGGGCAAGGCUGCCAAUGUCGCUCCUAUCUGGGGCGCCAAGAAUGCCAAUGGCAAGACCAAUGGAGGUGCCUCCAACGGCGGUUCUCGUUCCUCGACUCCCGUCUCUGGAGCUGCUACCCCUAACAAGCCAUCCAUGUUCAUCCCCGGCCGCAACGUCGAGACUGUGACUCUUGACCCCCAGUACAUCCUGCCCCGUGGCCAGCUCAGGAGGCCCAUCACCGACAUUAUCAAGGACAUCAACCGCAAGUCUCGUGCCACCAUCUCCAUGGCUACCUCAGCCAAUGGCCGUUACAAGUUUGAUGCCGCCGGUCCUCAGGACGUUGCUCAACAGGCGCUCAAGGACCUGGUUGCUCAGAUCGGAACUCGGACUGCCAUCAAGGUCCCGAUUCCCCAGUCCACCCGAGCCCAUAUCAUCGGAAAGGGAGGUUCCAUGAUCAAGGCUCUUCAGGAGAAGACUGGUGCCAAGAUCCAGCUUCCCAAGGUCGACGAGAACAACCCGAUUGACGAGGAGGAUGACGAUGCUACUAUUGAUGUCACCAUUGAGGGUAAUGCCCUUUCUGCUGCUUCUGCCCGUGACGAGAUCUUGAAGAUUGCUGGCGAGCGAUCUGCCAAUGUCCAGACUAAGGUUCGGGGCAUCCCCGCUGCCUUCUACCCCUUCAUUGCCGGCCCCGACAAUGCUCUGGCCCAUGCUCUCGAGGAGAACAACGGUAUCCAAAUCCGUGUCCCUCCUCUGCAGGCCUACACUCCUGGCCAGGUUCCUGUUACCGCCGUCCCUGGUCAGCGACCUGUCUUUGCCCCUGCUGGCCAAGAGGAGAACCACAUCCAGCUUGCUGGUGACCGUGCUGCCGUUCAGAAGGUCCGCGCCGAGAUUGAGCGCCAGGUUGCUGAGCUCCACAGACAGCUUGCUGCCGAGCAGCUGUCGAUCCAGCGCGGCCGCCACCAGUUCAUCAUUGGUGAUCGUGGUGUCCCUGUCGAUCAGUUCUUCAACGACACUGGAUGUGCCAUUCUGCUGCCCACUGACGAGGACGACGACACCAUUACUGUUGUCGGACCUGCUGAUCAGGUUGCUGCUGGUCUGGAAAAGGCCAUGGACCUGGCCAUGGGUAUGCAAAUGUCCAACCUCGACAUUGCCCGAUUCCACCGCAAUGCCCCUGGCGGCGCUGCUGUUCACGCUGGCAACGUCACCCGCUACCUUCGACAGCGCAAGGAGAUUGAGCGCCUCGAAAAGCUCUACCACACCCACAUUAACACCCCCUUCUCCGAGGGUGGUGCCCUUCCUUGGGAGCUCUACUCUCGCGAGGGUAAGAAUGCCAUUCGUGCGCAGUCCGAGAUCAGCGGCAUUAUCAACGGCCAGCCUCCUUCUCGUAUGACCUCUGUCCCUGUCGACCCCUUCUUCUUCCAGCACCUCCGCAAUGACGUUACCCCCAGGGUCAAGCGGGAUUAUGGUGUCCAGAUGGUCGUUCCUGAGGCUGCUGAGGGCGAAGUCCCCGUUCUCCUUGUGUACGAGGGCCCUGACCCCGCCGAAGGCCCCUACCAGCUGCCUCGCUCCAAGCCCACGGAUGCUGAAGCCCGUGCUUUCCAGCAAGGUCUUCAGGAUGCCCAAAAGCAUAUCCUUGAGCUUAUCAAGAAGCAGGAGGCCAUCACCACUGCCACUCUUGAUGUCCCCGCCAAGUUCCACGAGAGACUUCGACGCUUCAUCAAGAAGGAGCAGGAGAGCCGCUCUGCUGACCAGAUCCCUAUCCGGGUCACCAAGGUUGGCACAACCAUCACUCUCCGAGGUCCUGCUUCGGCCGUUGAGUCCCUUGCCGCCAAGGCCAACGCCUUUGUUGAGCAGGAGAAGGAGGACGAGAAGGAGCGUGGCUUCACUCUGACAUUUGACUUCCCCCAGAAGUUCGCCAACCACCUCAUUGGAAAGGGUGGUAGCAACAUCAGGGAGCUCCGAGACCGUUUCGACGUUGAGAUUCAGGUCCAGGAUGGCAAGGUUGAGCUCAAGGGUCCCAAGGCCAAGGCCGAGGCUGCUCGCUCGCACAUUCAGAGUCUUGCUCGUACCUUGGCCGACGAGACAACUCACACUCUCAAGAUUGACCCCAAGUACCACCGUGAGCUUAUUGGUGCUCAGGGUAGCCAGAUCAACCGUCUCCAGACUCGGUACAAGGUCCACAUCUUCUUCCCUCGAUCUGCCAAGCCCGCUGCCGACGACCAGUCCAACGCCGAUGCUGCCAGCGAUGCCGGAAAGCCUCGCCGCCAGCAGCCUGCUGACGAGGUCAUCAUCCGAGGUCCCAAGAAGGGUGCGGAUGAGGCUCGAGACGAGAUCUUUUCGCUCCACAAGUACCUCGAGGAGCACUCUGCCACUGCUACCGUCGCCGUUCAGCAGAAGCAGGUUGGAUCUCUCAUUGGCCAGGGUGGUGCUGCCCUCGAUGACCUCCGCCAGGCUACUGGAGCUAAGAUUGAUGUGCCUGCUGACCGAGACACCGAUAUCGUGGAGAUCCAGAUCAAGGGUACUGCUGCUCAGGUUGCCAAGGCCAAGAAGAUCCUCGAGGAUAAGCGAGCCAUCUUUGAUGACACUGUCGUCCAGACCAUUGAGGUUGACAAGAAGCACCACAAGGCUCUUAUUGGUGCUAGCGGUUCUAACCUCCGCGAUAUUGUCGUCAAGGCGGGUGGCUCUGACGACCGACGAGCGCUUGCCCGUACCAUCCAGUUCCCCAAGCAGGAGGCUGAUGGCAACACGAUCAAGAUUGAGGGCCGCACUGAUGUCGUGCAAAAGAUCAUUGAGCGCAUCCAGGAGAUUGUUGGCGAGCGUGAGAGCCAGGUUACCGAGGUGGUGGAUGUUCCUAUCGAGAACCACCGCUCCCUAAUCGGCCGAGGUGGUGAUGCCAAGCGUCAGCUCGAGUCCAAGUUCACCGUGUCCAUCGAUGUCCCCCGCCAGGGAGACGGAAAGACUGGAGUCAAAGUUACUGGCCGACCCGAGAACGUCACCAAGGCCAAGGAACACAUCCUGUCCCUGGUCAAGCAGCAGCAGGGUGAGACCAUCCAGGUUCCUCGCAACCUUCACCACUCCAUCUCCAACGGUGGCCAGUUCUUCCGUCAGCUCCGCAACAACCACCAGGUUACGGUUGACCAUGCUGGACAGCCUCUUCCUCCCAAGCCUGACACAUCUACCCGCUCCAACGUGGGUGCCCUUCCUCUGAUCACUGAUGAGGAUGAUGCCGCGACCGACGCCCACUCGUGGAAGAUUGUCCAGGUCGACGCUGGGGAUGACAGCGACUUCCCCUGGGUCCUCCGCGGCACGCCAGAGAACGUGGAGAAGGCCAAGGAGGCCAUCGCCAAGGCUGUCGAGCAGGCUAAGAAGCAUGAUGCCACAGGAUACCUUGUUCUCCCUGACCCCCGAACCUACCGCCAUGUGAUUGGCCCCAACGGUUCCAAGGUCAACUCGAUCCGCAAGCAGAGCAACUGCAAGAUCCAGGUGCCUCGGGACCAGGCCAAGGAUGAGGCCAUUGAGAUUAUCGGAACCAAGGACGGUGUUGAGCUGGCCAAGGACCUCAUCCUCGCCGCUGUGCGGGAGGGCAGCAACAAGACACGGGAGUAA